CAUGUAACACAGCUUGUGAAGGAGUGGAUGAGCAUCGUAUCAACUGUUUUAGAGAUGCCGAAUCAGGUCCUAAUGGUACUGCUUCUCUGCUUUGCUGCAUCUACUGAUGCAGAAGAAUCCUGCCCUGAUGUGAAACUUAUUGGUCUCAGUGGUUCAGAGAAGCUUGCUGUCCUUCAGGGAUGUCCUGGCAUUCCUGGUAUUCCUGGAACUGCUGGCAUUACUGGUGCUCCUGGUCUUCCUGGAAUUCAAGGUGAAAAAGGUGCUGUCGGGACUCCUGGGAAGAUAGGGCCAGCAGGUGAAAAAGGUGAGAAAGGCAACAUGGGAAAUCCUGGACCACAAGGACCACCAGGUGAAAAAGGAACAUGUGAUAUUGAGGACAUUGACACUAUUUUAUGCAAGAACGGUGCCAAGGAUUGUAAAGAGUUGAUGGGAAAAGGAAACACACUAUCUGGCUUGUAUACUAUUUACACUAAUGGCUGCAAACCCAUGGAGGUUUUUUGUGACAUGCAUACAGAUGGUGGAGGAUGGCUGGUCUUCCAAAGACGUAUUGAUGGUUCUGUUGAUUUUUUCCGGGACUGGAACUCUUAUAAGAAAGGGUUUGGUUACAAGCAGACAGAAUUCUGGCUGGGAAAUGACAACAUUUGCAAGUUAACUGCUGCAGAUAAAGGAACAUUUGAACUACGAGUUGACCUACAAGAUUUUGAUUAUAAUAAGUACUUUGCUAAAUACAAAACAUUCAGCAUUGCUGGAGAAGCAGACAAGUACAAACUCCUACUUGGUGCAUUUUUGGAAGGAAAUGCAGGUGAUUCACUGUCAUAUCAUUCUAACAAGCCAUUUUCUACCAAGGAUCAAACUAACAGUCGCAAUACAGCAUGUGCUGCAUCAUAUAAGGGAGGAUGGUGGUAUGAAGAUUGUUAUAACUCCAAUCUAAAUGGGAAAUAUUUAGCAGGAAAAGACAAUACAGAAGGUGUUGCCUGGACAGGAGUAAAAGGCAAUUACUAUUCCUUCAAAGUGACAGAAAUGAAAUUUCGAUCUAUCUAAUGGAUGACAUUUUGCACACGUCUCAUUUUAGAAAUGGUGAUUAAAAUGACAAAUUCUGAUAUUCUCAGUUUAGUCGCUGUUGUAGCUUGACUGUUUCUGUAUUAACUGCAUUUGUAGAGAUGGACACCAAUUACUGAUAAGUAUGCUUGUUCACUUCUUCUGCUCUACACAUUAAGUCAGUAAACUAGCACUCGUCCAGAAAAUUCCAUAAACCAUCAAUAAUUACAGAAAUCUGAUUUGCUUCUUUAAGUUUUGAAGUAUCUUCUCAAUCAUCAAAUGCAUGGCUUUAAAUUGUGAAUGUUUUUUGAAUACUUAUGCCUUGUCAUACUAACUGUGUAAUGCAUUUAUUGCUAUGCCUUCCAUUGCUUACAAUCACUGAAAAGUGACCUAUUUCAAUUGUUUAGUCUGACUGUUAAUGGUUAGAGCCUGGGCAUUGACUUUAAGAGCCACUACAGCACUUAAGAACCUUUCCCUCUUAGAAACUAGAUCCAACUUUCUACUUGAUUCCCUGCUUUUUGGGCUACUCCAUCAAGUCAACCCCAUCUCCUCUGUCAUUGAAAUUCAUUGCAAUCAGUCCAAUAAACAGCCACAUAAGCCAAUCAGUUGGUGGAACUUCACUCCAAAUUCCUGUCAUAAAAUUGCAUUAUGCAAAUCACAUCUUCUCAGACUUAUCCCUAAAAUGUGUCAAUCUUUCCAUUAUGAUAUCACCUACCACACAAUCUAGCCUAAGUUCAGGUCAGAAUCCAAUAUGCUCCUGAUUGGUCAACACAAAUGCAAAUGCCAGGAACUGAAGACAUUAUAUAAAAUUUCCCCCUACUAGUUAAAACCUCUCUCUGUCUGAUUAUUUCCUUUGCCAUACUGUUUCGGUUAAGUCUGUACCUUACUAACUAUUUAUGUUGUUGUCAGUUCACAGGCACUAUUUCUCAUCCUGAAGUGCUUUGUAAAGACAUCAGUAACAUCAUCCUGUAAAAACCCAUUGGAACAUGUAACUAUCAGUCUAUCUCUAUUCUCAUCUUCUUUGUACAUCUUUUACAUUUCUUUUGCAUUCAUACCUAUGUGUUAUUAGUCACAUAGCUGUUGUACUAUGCUUCUAUUAAUAUGUGCUGUUUAUUGCUUUUGUUGUAACAUUUGUUCUAUUGUGCUUCUGUUGAUAUUUGCUGUUGGCUGCUUUUCAUCGUUACCCGGGAUGCACCUGCAGUUAAUCAUUCUGUUAUCAGCGUUCUGGCCCAGUAACCAAAUAUAAAUAAAAUAAAAAUAAGUAAAUUAUCA